AUGUCCCUGAAACUUAAUCAGAAAAUGCUUGUCAGAGAAUCAAAUUCUCCGGAAUCCUGCCAUUCUCCUGAUUCACUUGCAACGCACAGCCCACAAUCAAAUUCAUCACAAAUCGAACCUUUUCCAACCACCUUGCCAACACCGCCUCAUUCCCUUGGGUCUUCAAACAUUACCAAUACUUCCUUGACAGAUAAGGAAGAGAACGCGUGCGCGUCAACGGAGCAAACUCAGGUUGACGAUGCGUCAACAUCCUUGCUAUCUUCCAAAGUUAUAACACCUGAAAAUCAGGUUCAACGCGAAAAUUUUGAUGAAUAUUUCGCGAAGGAAGAUCUAGCGUAUUCAACACACGAUCACUUUCAAGGGGGAAGUGGCGGUUUUGAAAAUCCGAAUCAUUCGAGCCUUGACCAACGCUCGAAUUCAAGUGGGUCCGAAAAUUAUUACUGCUCCGAGGAAAGAUCGAGCACGUACGUUCAAGAUUUUCACUCAUUCACUACUCCCAAUGGCGAUAACAGAGAGGAGUUAUCCGAAACGCGUUCGACUGAUCCACUUCAUUAUCUUUUAAAUGAGAACAAUGGAAACUGUUUUGGCACUUCAUCAUCUUCUGUCAGAAGCGAUUUUGAGCAAGGCGCCUAUAUAUUUCAUAAUGAACAUAAUCGCAUCUCUUCCGAGUGGCAUUCAGAUAUAGUUACCCGCGGCUCCGAAGUUUCAAAUUCAAUUAAACAUGAAAUUUCCAAUGUUAAUUCGACACGGAACAAUUUAUACGGUAAAGAUCAAGCACCCAUUCUACCGAGGCCCAUUCCGACUACGACUUCGUAUGGUGCCAUUGAUACCUAUCUUUCGAACAAUGAAGACGGGCAGAACUUUGGAAGUAGGUCAUUAUAUUCCGAGUCAAUGUUUCAAUCAUGGCAACAGACGCAAUUACGACCAGCUCAAAGCGAGGCGUCCGAUUACCAUCAACAAGACACACUAACUUCGUUAGACCAACAGUCGAACUCCAAGUUCGAAGAAGUUUGUGAUGAUGUCGAGGAGUGUACCGAUGAAACUUCUAAUCAGACUUCUUUCCCAUUAGGAAUAAAGACUACGAUUAACCCUCUAUCAAGUUUUCCUUCUUUUAUGGAACCUUCCCGACCCAAUAUUCAACAUCUCACGUGUUGCGACGAUCCGUGUUGUAAAGAGACUUGCGGAUAUGACAAUCAUUCGUGGAACACGAACGACAACUCAAAUUACGCCACUCUCGUGCAGUAUCAACCACCACCCUUGGUUGAACACGUAAAGUCACGCACCGAUGUUCCGGUUAUCCGGUGGAAUGAAAAUCUAACAAAUCAAGAAAACCUCUCACUUCCGCAAAUCUCCUCGAACAAUAUUUAUAUUCAUGCACAGUCUCAUAAAAGGGCCAUUCAAGAUGAUUUCUUUGCCAACAUUCCAUACGAAGAAUCAAAUACCUCUUCAUACCUUUUACCAACGGCUUCCAACAUUCGAAAAAAAUCUACCAAUGACAUAUUCCGUAAACAUAUGACUAACAAUGAUCCGGCUUCCAUUAUUGUGUCGGAAGAUGGAGACUCUGAUGACAUGCUGAUGUCAAUGACUCCGGCUGUCGGGUUUGCACGACAAGAUGCAAUUAUUCAAGUACAAGAAAAAUACGAACCAUAUCAACUUCAACCAAAAAUCGAUUUAAAUGACAACAUUCCCGAAACUCCGGAACCACCAUUCGACCUGAACGAUCAAAGACCUGACUCUCGGCCGCGAAGGCAAAAACUAAAGUAUCCCGGAGAUAUGUAUACACCUCAAUGGGUUCGUUACGCCGGGCACUCGAAAGAAGGAUAUUGUGACAAUUGCAAACCUGGUAAAUGGUUACAGCUGAAGAAUAGUGCUUACUGGUAUCAUAAACAAUUUUACCAUGGAAUUUCCUCGGUCUCUGGGAAAAGAUUUGUUCCACCAUUAGAAACUCGUACAUUUGAAACUGGCGACUGCACUGAAGGCCUUUGUCAUCAGUGUAGUCAAUGGGUUCCGAUUUCCACGAAUAUGAUUACUUUAUCCAUCUAUUCACAAACUACUUGUCCAAAUAAAAGGACCUCCAUCCUCCUUCCCUCAAAGCGUAAAUUCAUACAAGUACAACAAUUAAUAUUAAGAAUAAGAUAUUGGGAUUCGGAACCCUAUCCGUCGAUCAAUAAAGUGCCUAUAACUCUGAAGGAUAUAGAAAUUGACUGCCCUCACCGCAUUGAUACUGGAUCUCCUCAUAGAGAUCGUGCCGUAAAGUUGAUAUAUAAUGCAUUGAUUAAGGCAGUUCCUGACGCCAAUAACGUGAGAAAAAUCGAUAUCCUAAUUCUAGCAAGUUCUAUUGAACAUAAUAUCUUUAGGAAUUUCAGGUGUAUUGCCGAUCGACAUUACAAAGAUAAAGUUCGAUCAAGAGUCUUUAACCUAGCCGACACGAAGAAUCCGGAAUUUGUUAAAAAGGUGAUAAGCGGUGAAAUUCGACCCGAAAGGGUUGCGAUUAUGACUCCAGAUGACAUGGCGUCUUCCGAAGUCAGAAGGAAGAACGCAAUCGAACGAAAAAGACGCGCACAACAAAUUAUUCGUCACGAACCUGAUUUGGUUCCGUUAAAAUUAGAAGGCGACGGUUCUUUAGGCGGCGCGAUGUUUGGUUGCGGUCAGACGGUUUGGGUUACACGAGAACAUGCUCGUAAGUUUGCCGAUUACGUAGCUAACGAUAACGGAAACGAUCGAUAA